UUGCCGGAGUGUCUGUGGGGUGAGGUCCUGCACUAUGUUGUUCAUAUUGACAACAUGAGCUCAACUAAAGCUGUCGGAGGCAUGACGCCGUAUCAGAAGCUGCGGGGCAAGAAACCCGACCUCAAGAACCUGAAACGGCGAUCUGUUCGUUUUCGAGAGGAUGUAGCUGUUGGGAGCGACUAUGUGGAG